ACACGCCCCUUAACGUGCAACUUCUUGACGCACACUGAUAGCAGCACGUAGGUACAAGUCCUGAUAAUGUUUGGAGUCAGUAGAACUGCCUAAGGCCAAGACGCACUGAGGAAAUACCUAGUUAAUCAUCCAAAUGGCCACCAUAGUCUUAUGUUCAGUUAACAAAACGGCCCAGACUACCACAAGAAGAUGUUUAUUUGCACAUUUUAAGGGUCUUGCCAGAGCAGGAGAGUCCGCUCACAGCCCGUCGCUGACUUCACUUCCGCGAACGAGAUGGUCCAGAGGAACCAGCAUACGGUUCAUGUCCCAUGGGACCACGGGCAGGACCGCAGGAACCAGGAGGGGAGCCCUGGCGCUCACUGGAGCCGCGGCAUUGACAGCUGCAGCGGCGGUAGCAGGGGUUCUGGCCAAUGCCAACCACCUCCAGCGUGCUGAAAUGGCAUCGAAGGUGUCCCCAGCUGUGGAGAGAGAGCAGGAGGGGGACAUCUUGGAGAGAUGCCGGGGGUUCAUGUCUGCUCCGGUGACCGAGGUCGCUCUGCUGCAGGAGAGGAAAGGGGAGAUGAGUACGAGGAUGGAGAUGCUGAUCAUGGAGACGCAGGCCGAUUUCUGUAAAGCACUGCAGGAGGUGGAUGGUGGGACGUUCAAGGUGGACAGAUGGCAGAGGAAGGAAGGUGGCGGAGGAAUCAGCUGUGUGAUGCAGGAUGGGAAGGUGUUUGAGAAGGCCGGUGUCAAUGUGUCAGUAGUGUUUGGACACCUGACUGAAGAGGCUGCCAAGCAGAUGAGGAGCAGAGGGAAAGUCCUCAAAGGGAAAGAUGGUAAGCUGCCGUUUUGUGCCAUGGGUGUGAGCUCUGUCAUCCACCCUAAGAACCCCCACAUCCCCACCGUGCACUUCAACUACAGAUACUUCGAGAUUGAAGAGGAAGAUGGCUCUAAGCAGUGGUGGUUUGGCGGAGGCACAGACCUGACUCCCAUUUAUGUCAAUGAAGAAGAUGCAUUUCACUUCCACAACACCCUGAAGGAAGCCUGCGACAAACACCACUCGCAGUACUACCCUGACUUUAAGAAAUGGUGUGACAGAUAUUUCUACAUCCGUCACAGAGGAGAGACUCGAGGUAUAGGAGGGAUCUUCUUUGAUGAUCUGGAUUCUCCAAGUCAGGAGGAUGCGUUCAGCUUUGUAAAAAGUUGUGCCCGCACUGUGGUGCCCUGUUACCUACCCAUUGUAUACAAACACCUAAACGACCCCUGCACUGAAGAGGAGAAGGACUGGCAGCAGGUGCGAAGAGGAAGGUAUGUUGAGUUUAACCUGGUGUAUGACAGGGGUGUGAAGUUCGGCUUGGCUACGCCCGGCUCCAGAAUUGAGAGCAUCCUCAUGUCUCUCCCCCUCACUGCAAGGUGGGAGUACAUGCACGAGCCUGCCAAAGGUACCCGAGAGGCAAAGAUGCUGGAGGUGCUACAAAACCCCAAGGAGUGGGUGUGAGAGCGGUGUUUAUAGGUUUACAUGUCAAUACGGACAACCAGGAAGUAGUCUUUGUUGUGAUUAAUAAUGGUGUGACCUGUUGGACAAGAUCAGCAGCAGUGAACACUCUGUUUACCAAAAUAAUACAAAGUUGCUUUGCACAUGCGUUGUUAAUUUUUUUUUCUGAUCAACCUCGGUACUUAUCUCUCUGCUCUAUUUGCUUUUAUUAUGUGAAAGCUGCCUUGUUGACAUUUAAUUACACUGGGAUUGCUUUUCAUUUCGGUGUUUUUAAAUUUGAUGACUAAGCUUUGUGCCACUCCUCAGUGCAUGGCCGUCUAAAACAAGACCAAAAACUCUAAGUAUUGUGACAAGUUGCUAUUAUUGUACUUGCUUUUAGGUCAUAAUCCUAUUGUGAAGUCCCACCAGCGAGAAGUGUUUGUGUUAAACACUUGAUGUGUGGGUUUUUUUCUAUGUUGUGCCUGACCUUAAUAAGGCCUGCUCUCAGCUGGAGCUCUCCUCUGCUCUUAUAAAGCACUGAAAGUGAAAAGGGAAAAACUGAGCCACUGUUUGUACGUUUGUAUGCCACUACUUGUAUGAAACCUGAAUAAAUCUUGAUAUUUGAAUGCUUGCUCAUAACAAUGAGUUAUUUUUGACAAUCCAGGCUGAAUAAUAGUAUUACUGACAAUAAAGACUUCAUUACCGUU